AGACCGCGAGAACUCAGUCGCCAGCCGCGCUCGAGCCGUCACGCCGUGCCGCACCCAAAAUCGAUAACUCCGUAAACUUGCCAAAACUCAACUCAUAUCGAAAAAAAAAAUUCACCACCUACCGAAAAAAUUCCCAAAAUUAUGGGGGUAAAUAAGAAACAAUUUCGCGCCAUUUUGAAUUUUACGUAAAAACUCCCCGAAGGUCGCGGAGUUGGCAAGAGCGGUGGUGACGUGUCGGCGAGAUUUGUCGUGUGGCGGCGAAUGGGAGAUGUCGGCGUUAUGGAUUACCAAUGCGUGGUCGUGUACACCGUCAUCAACAUCGCACCACCGCGGCUGUCGGCGCAGGCGUCGAUGUCGAAUGGAUGCGUCGACUGGAUCAAAAACAAAAUCAAAAGAGCGGUAGCAGUGUAUCUUCAAUCACUGAAGCUCGCGCCAAACAACGGGAUCAUACACGGUAACCUCGCCUGCUUGUACUACAAACAGGGUUUCAUAGACCUAGCCAUAGACACGUACCGCCGAGCAAUAGAGCUCCAACCUAAUUUCCCCGACGCAUACUGCAAUUUGGCUAAUGCACUGAAAGAGAAAGGGCUAGUUAACGAAGCUGAAGACUGCUAUAAUAAAGCGCUGUAUCUCUGUCCUUCUCACGUCGAUACGCUAAACAAUCUUGGCAAUGUCAAACGGGAACAAGGAAGGAUCGAAGAAGCGACGAAACUGUAUUUACAAGCACUGGACGUAUUUCCUAAUUUCGCUGCCACACACAGCAAUUUGGCAUCGCUACUGCAGCAACAAGGGAAACUUGAAGAAGCGUUGCUGCAUUAUAAACAGGCUAUUAAAAUUCAACCAAAGUUUGCAGACGCCUACAGCAAUAUGGGUAAUACGCUGAGGGAAAUGCAAGACAUAGAAGGUGCUUUAAUAUGUUUCAAGAAGGCAAUAGAAAUUCAUCCGAAUUUCGCUGAUGCUCAUUGUAACUUAGCGAGUAUUUACAAAGAUGUGGGUAGCAUUAAUGAAGCUAUUCAAUCGUAUAACAAUGCCCUGGCAAUAAAACCAGAUUUUCCCGACGCGUACUGUAAUUUAACACAUUGCCUACAGAUCAUAUGUAACUGGGAUGAUUAUGAGGAGCGAAUGAAUAACAUAAUAUCAAUAGUAAACGACCAGUUAGAGGGAGACAAAUUGUUAUCUGUACAUCCACAUCAUUCCAUUUUAUAUCCAUUGUCAAAUAGAGCAAGAAAAGAAAUCUCAACGAGACAUGCUACUUUGUACAGGGAUAAGGUAACAAUGGUUCAAAAAACUACUUUUGUCCACGAUAGAAAAUGUAACGGUAGGUUAAAAAUAGGCUACGUUAGUAGUGAUUUCGGUAAUCAUCCAACAUCGCAUCUAAUGCAAUCUAUACCAGGAAUGCAUGACCGAGCAAACCUAGAAGUUUAUUGCUAUGCUCUAAAUCCAGACGAUGGAACAACAUUCCGUAGUAAAAUAGUUAGGGAAGCAGAGCACUUUGUUGAUUUAUCACUUGUAAAGUGUAAUAUUGAAGCUGCCAAAAGAAUUUAUAGUGACAAUAUUCAUAUUUUAGUAAACAUGAAUGGUUAUACGAAAGGUGCUAGAAAUGAGUUAUUUGCCAUGAAUUGUGCACCUAUACAAAUAAUGUGGUUAGGCUACCCUGGAACAAGUGGAGCUGAUUACAUGGAUUAUCUUAUUACUGACAAAACGUCGAGUCCUAUGUCUAGUGAAGAUGAUUUUAGUGAGAAAUUUGCGUACAUGCCAUAUACGUAUUUCAUUGGGGAUCAUAAAAAUAUGUUUCCUCAUUUGAAAACGCGAUAUGAGGUUUGUGUAAAUGGGGAACAACAUAGUAAAUGUGUAGCAAUAUUAAAUGUUUCUGAGGAUAUUGAUAUAGAUGCAUAUUUUAAAGUAAGAAGAGAGAAAAAAACUUAUUCUUAUGAAAACAUGGAACCAAUAGAAAUAAUUAAUAAUGAAAUAGACAUUCCUAAUGAAGUGAUUAGAAAAUUUAAUAACUCAAGAGAAGAACAGGUUAGUAUGGAUGACGUUAUGAUAAUAAAUGGUACAACAAUAUAUAAUUUACACAAUAAUAUUGGUUCAGGAGAAAUCAUAUUUAAGAGUAUCAUUAUGACUACAAGGCAACAGUAUGGACUUCCUGACGAGGCUGUGGUAUUUUGCAACUUUAAUCAACUAUACAAAACUGACCCUAGCAUUUUGAGCAUGUGGGUUAGAAUUUUAAAGCGAGUGCCAAAUAGUGUUUUAUGGCUUUUAAGUUUUCCCACACUCGGGGAACCAAAUUUAUUGCGAUACGUAAAAAGUUUAGAAAUGUCGACCAAUAGAGUGAUAUUUUCAAAGAUUGCGUGCAAGGAAGAGCACGUCAGACGGGGACAACUAGCAGACGUGUGUUUGGACACGCCCCUCUGCAACGGUCAUACAACCACUAUGGAUGUUCUAUGGACCGGUACUCCAGUUGUUACCUUACCUGGUGACACUUUGGCGUCUAGGGUCGCUGCUUCCCAACUCAAUGCUCUACAUUGUCCGGAGCUCAUAGCGACAAAUAAAAGUGACUAUGAACAUAUAGCUGUGAAACUGGGAAACGAUGUGGAAUAUCGCAACUACAUUCGAGCUAAGGUGUCACACGCGCGAUUAGAAUCAACCCUAUUUGAUUGUAAGCACUACGCAAGCGGACUGGAAAGGCUCUAUAGAAAAAUGUGGGAGAGAUACAAGAACGGAAAACCUCCAGAUCACAUAGAAGUGUGGUGAAGAGGAAAAUCAUAAACCGUUGAAAUGAAUACUACUGGUCUGAAUAUUAUGCGUCCUUAGUUUAGUAACUUUGAAAAGUUGAAAGAAUGCUAUAAGUUUACCCCGUUGAAUAUAAUAUUGACCUAAAUGCAAAUGAAUAUCCUUUAAAGUUUAUGGUUAAACUAUAAUAACAUAAGACGUAGCAUUUGAUUUAGUAAUCAAAUGCUACGUCUUAUUAACGGCGAAUCGAAUUAAAGAAAUGCAGUAGUCAACAUCACAAUCCUGUUUAUAUUUAGAUCAAAAUUUUAAACGGACUAUACACUACAAUGAAUUUUUUAGAUAAUGUUAUUUAAAUUAGGUGAUUCUUAUUUAAUUCUUCAAUCUUCUCAGAUUGAAACUACUUUGUAAUCUUUACUACCCUGAAGUUGAUACGUUAUUUGGCAUGUCUACAUUGUGUAAUACACAUUACUUGUUUUAUUUUUCACUUUUAAACUGACCAGGGUUUAAGCUGAUAAUAUUUAACAUACAGGUUUCGUAUGUGAUAGUCAAUGGAAAUGACCCUCCAUUUCGACUAUAAUUAAGUAAGUGUGCUAUAUUCUGUAAAAUUUUAUUCCAAAGAAAAAUAUAGUUAAAUAUUUAUAAGACAGUAUAAAAACGUAAAUGUGAUGUGGUGACUCUAUUUUAAAAUUUUUAUGUUACGAACACUAUCAAAUCUUAACGUUUCUGCAUAAAAAACUAUGUUAUUUUUUGUUACGCAAAAUUUUCGAAUAAUUGAUGAAGUAAAAUUUUUAUAGUGCUUUAUUCAACUUUGCAAGUACACGUUGUCAAAGGAGUGUUUUGGAAAAACGACAAAAAUGUGUAUUUCUUUGUUGUCUGCACUUCACAUUUCUAGUUUAAUUUGUCUGUGGCAUUUUGAAAGCACCGUGUUUGGUUUUAUGUUUGUUUUCCGUCCACAUUUUACUAGGUAGUGUGAAAUUGUAUGUUUGAUCCUCGUUGGUUAUAUUAAAUGUUUUACA